UAAGAGUAGAAGGUUGCAGAACAAACGGUUGAGAACAGGACGAGCAGAAGUGGAAUAGCCUCUCCCAUUCUCAUCUGUCUGGGUAGCAGAUAUUUAGUUUGUAAACGAUCUAUCGAUGAACUAUCCUUUAGAAUGGCGACAUCGUCCAAUACUGACAACUUUGUGCCAAGUUUGCAAUAGCGACUAGAACAGUAGAUAUCCGGCAUUUCGAACACUAGCUCCUGCAUCUAAUAUGCAAAGUAUGAGCUCGAAAACCCAUACGAAACUGUAUUAAGUAGCCGGCUGGAACCAUUCAAAGCCACGGGAACGAGUUUGGUGCAUCGGACCCUCAGCUCCGCCCCGUAUGUCUUUUGCUUGGCAAAUGGACUUCUACUUGGCAGAUUUUCUACAAAAUAAACCCCUCGGUGAACACUUUGACUCUUUGCCACCACCAUAAAAGACAUACUCUUGCCCAAUGGCAUCGUCUCCUUACUUGGAAGCUGUCCCAACGUCCUUUUUGGAUCAGCCCAACCACAAACCGUCCUCCCAUUCCAUUACGAUGCCACAACAAGAAUAUUCUGCAUCUACUUCAUCCAUCCUUCCCCUUGCAUAUGGACCAGACUCGCCUGAAGGUCCAGCACAACCCAAAACCCGCCGCGUUCUAUCCCUCCUGUUAGCGACGAAUUUAUGCACCUUAAUAUUCACAGUCGUUCCAGUGCUAGUUGAAUUACCAAAUAUCAAAGGCAACUGGUAUGUUGGAAACGAUGUCAUACGAUUGCUGGAACCCAUUGUGGCGAUGCCCCUGUACUUUGCGGUGAUAUUGGAGAGCGGAAUAUUUUCGCGAGGUUCCACUAAAGAAAAAUAUCUGGUAGGAACGCUCUUUAUGAUAUCUGCUGCAAUCUAUCAACAAGGCGCCGGUUUCCACUCCGCUGCAAACAUGUUCAAACAUCCUUUCGUGGAUUUCAUGGACGAGAACCCGGACCUCGUCUCCCAAUACUCAUUCUUCAACGAUUUCCGUACAUGGGUUCGAACGGAUUGGGAACACGGCAUAUCUCACUAUAUGUAUGCCGCUGGAGGCAUUCUGAUGGCAUUUGUCAUCGCCUAUCUAUACAGAAACGUUCACGAUCCCAUGAGAUCUUCCAUCGACAAAGUAUUAUUCGCCGCUGCGACAUUAGUGUAUGGCUUGAUCAUUGGAUCGGUAGCCAUCGAAUUCCCCAAGGGUUCCAUUGUCGCGUUGAUUUUGGUUGUCGUCUAUGGCUUCGGGGUGAUUGGUUCAUUCCUUUUCCGAAGGGAAGGAAAACAAGCAAGGAGGUUGGGAAGACGAUAUGUCUUACAGUAUUACCUUUUGGCGUACAUGAUAGCCUUUAUUAUCGUACUUGGCUGGAUUGGUCAUGUGCGAGGAUUUGGGAAUAGGGAGGAUUCUGGAAUAAAAUUUUAGACUCAAUGGGAUAUGCUGGGCUGAAAUCGCUCUCAUGUUGGGUCGUCUGGCAAUUGUCCCAAUGGUAGUUAAUCAUGUAUAUAGUAGAGUUAUUAAAUGUUGAUAAUGCAUAAUCUGUUCAACCAUCACAAA